UCUCACCGGACUCCGAAGAGAACGAUCCAGUACAUCAAAGUAACACCACCAGAGUUUCCAGACACACUGAACGUAACGUUUUAUCUUGACCCAGACGACAGUUUCAUUGCCGCAGACGACAUCUCAACAUGCUUCCCACUGUCAUCACUCUGGUCUUCUGCAUUUGUCUGAUGGUUCUUCCCGACGUUCAAGGGCACGGGCGUUUGGUAGAACCCCCUUCUCGCUCUAGUAUGUGGCGGUACGGCUUUGACAACCCCCGCAACUACAACGACAACGAACUCUACUGCGGAGGAUUUCAGACACAGUGGGGUGUAAACGGUGGGAAGUGUGGUGUUUGCGGUGAUCCUUGGAACGCAAAACGCGAAAACGAGGCUGGAGGAAAAUAUGCCAAUGGCAUUAUUGUCCGGAAGUACAAAAAAGGGGAGACAAUCACCAUCAACAUUGAUCUUACAGCCAAUCAUUUGGGGUACUUCCAGUUCCGCUUGUGCCCUCACAAUAGCCCACAGACUCCAGUUAAACAGGAAUGUUUGGACAGGCAUCUUCUCAGGCUAACAGACGGAACUGCCCGCUUCAAAGUCACCACUGCACGACGGGGAAUAUACACCAUGACGGUCGUACUUCCAGAGAAUGUCACAUGCUCUCAGUGUGUCCUUCAGUGGAAAUACAAUACAGGUAACUCUUGGGGAUGUGAGGGCCCAACUUGUUGCGUUGGUUGCGGGCCCCAGGAACAGUUCUACGGCUGCGCAGAUGUCGCAAUCUCUGCAGACGACAAAGACCAGACGACAUCGCCACCCUCUACAAGCAAGACCUCUCCGUGUCAGGAGACUACGAAACCCGUCGUCGAACAGACGACAUCUGAAUCACGAAAUAUCACAAAACCAUCAACCGACACUACAACGACUUCUACCUCAGCGACAACAGUCACUUCUUCCCCAUCAUCAGCUGCGACGUCUGACACCACCACAAGCAUUACCGACAGCACAACGGACAAGAGCGAUGAAAAUAGCGACGACUGUAAGGCCACGGGGGUUUGGGAAGGAAACCCAAAAAUCACUGUCUGGUGUCUUGGCAACUGUGCACGUGGCUACUGUCCUGAGGAUUAUUGCUCAGAAGCCUGCCGCCAGUUGAAGUGAACUGAGGAGAAACUGUUGUCAUUACACCAAUCAGACAAGUUUGCGAAAAACGUGUGCUCAAUCAUCUAUGUUUGCGUUUUGUAGUCUUUUUGUUCAAACACCUUUGAGAUAUUUUAUUUUAUAUUUUUAUAUAAAUAUUUAUUUUUACACCGAAUAAAGAGCAGUUUUUGCUU